UUCUCAUUUCAUAACUCCGGUUUAUCUACAAGGAACCAAUGCCGAUCAUAAUUACAUGGUUUAACCAAACCGGUAUCCAAUCAAUUCCCAAAGUCUAAUACAUGCUGAGAAAUUUCUAGGGGAACUCAUUUCGAUCUGAGAAAGAUGGGAGAUUCGUCGGAGUCAUUUGUUGGCGGAUAUUGGAAUGGAUUCAAGGGUUUCUGGUGCGAGAGGCUCUCUUUCCUGGAAAACUACACGAGGUUCACCAAACGCGACACGCCUCUUCCUUCUUGGUCUUCCUCCGACGUCGACGACUUCAUUGCCUCCGAUCCCGUCCAUGGACCCACCCUGAAAACUGCUAGGGAAGCUGCGACUUUUGGUGCUACUGGAGCUGCGCUUGGAGCUCUAUCUACUGCUGCUUUUGCCUGGAAAUACUCUAGGAGUCCACAUGGUGCUGCAUUGUCAUUCUUAGGAGGAGGUGUUUUUGGUUGGACCUUUGGGCAAGAAGUCGCGAACCACACGCUGCAACUCUACAAGCUGGACACAAUGGCUGCUCAAGUUAAGUUCAUGGAAUGGUGGGAAAGCAAGUCUCAAGGAAGGUCCUGAAUCCAAAACAAAUAAAUGACUACGUUCUUGUCCAGAGUACCUUGCAAGCAACAUGAAAUGGUGAUAUGAUUAGUUAUCUUUUGAACCUUUUAUGCUUCCCCCACUCUUGGUACUUGUUUGCCUUCUCUCAAUAAUGGAAUGUUUUGAAAAAAAUUUGUGAAAUGAGUUGAAAGAAAUCAUUUGGAUUUGAAUAAGGAAUCUUCAAGUUUUGAGGAGAAGAACAAAAGUG